GAUACUUUCCACAGAAUGAGAUUCCCUAUAUAGUCACAUGAUAAGAUGAAUCAAUAGCCAAAACAACAUUUCUUUGUUCAUUUGAAAAAAUAAUCAAUGGACCUUAAAUUUUUGUUUUCAACUCUCCUCAUUACUCCUUUUUUUCUGAUAACCUUUCAUAGCAAUGCUGAGACUUCCACAUAUAUAAUUCAUAUGAACAAAUCCUUAUUUCCUCAAAUUUUCAUGACUCAUAAUGAUUGGUUCAAAUCCACCAUUCAUUCCUUAAAAUCAAAAACACUACUUGAUGAUCCUGAUCAACAUGCACAGAAGAAACUAUUGUACACCUAUGAUAAUGCCAUGUAUGGAUUUAGUGCAUUGUUAACUUCAAAUGAGUUAGAAACUCUUAAGAACAUUGAUGGCUUUGUUGCAGCAUAUCAAGAUAGAACAGCUACAAUUGACACAACUCACACCUUUGAAUUUCUCUCCCUAGAUACUCCAAAUGGACUAUGGCAUGCUUCAAAUUUCGGAGAUGAUAUCGUUGUUGGUGUUAUUGAUUCCGGUGUGUGGCCUGAGAGUCAAAGCUUUAAAGAUGAUGGAAUGACAAAGAAAAUUCCAAACAAAUGGAAAGGAACCUGUCAAAUUGGUCAAGAAUUCAAUGCUUCAAUGUGUAACUUCAAAUUGAUUGGAGCUAGAUAUUUCAACAAAGGUGUUAUUGCUUCAAAUCCAAAUGUUACUAUUAGCAUGAAUUCAGCUAGAGACAAUAUAGGACAUGGAACUCACACAUCAUCAACUGUUGCAGGUAACUAUGUUAACGGCGCUUCUUAUUUUGGUUAUGCAAAAGGAAUAGCAAGAGGCAUUGCACCAAAAGCUAAAAUUGCUAUGUACAAAGUAAUUUGGCAAGAGGGCCGUUUCGCCUCGGAUGUUUUGGCUGGAAUGGACCAAGCAAUUAUUGAUGGUGUUGAUGUGAUUUCAAUUUCAAUGGGAUUUGAUGAUACUCCACUUUUUGAAGAUCCUAUAGCAAUAGCUUCAUUUGCAGCUAUGGAAAAAGGGAUUGUUGUUUCAUCUUCAGCAGGUAAUGCAGGACCUCAACUUGGAACCUUGCACAAUGGUAUCCCCUGGCUCAUUACAGCAGCUGCAGGCACAAUUGAUAGAACCUUUGGUACUCUUGUUUUGGGAAAUGGUCAAAACAUUAUUGGUUGGACUUUGUUUCCAGCAAAUGCUAUAGUUGAAAAUCUUCCACUUGUUUACAAUAACACUGUCUCUUCAUGCAAUUCAGUGGAGCUUUUAUCUCAACUUAGCAAACAAGUCAUCAUUCUUUGUGAUGAAUCAAUGUCAAACUCAAACACAAACUCGGUGUUUGAACAAAUCAGAGUUGUGGCAGCAACAAGUAUGUUCGGGGCAGUUUUUAUCUCUGAUAAUCCUGGUUUAAUUGACACAAGAUUACUUUACUCACCAAGUAUUGUAAUCAAGCCGCAAGAUGCAGAAUAUGUGAUCAACUAUGCGAAAAGCAUUAAGAAUCCAACAGCCAGCAUUAAAUUUCAACAAACAUUUGUUGGAACAAAGCCAGCACCAGCUGCAGCACAUUACUCAUCAAGAGGUCCUUCACAUUACUUUCCAUGGAUUUUGAAACCCGACAUAAUGGCGCCUGGCUCUAGAGUUCUUGCAGCUUAUAUUCCUACUAGACCAUCAGCUAGAAUCGGCACAAAUGUGUACUUAUCAAGUGACUACACUUUCAUGUCAGGAACAUCUAUGUCUUGUCCUCAUGUUUCCGGUGUUGUUGCUCUUCUGAAAUCAGCACAUCCACAAUGGAGUGUUGCGGCUAUAAGAUCGUCAUUAAUAACCACAGCUAGUCCUUUAGAUAAUACACAAUAUCCUAUAAGGGAUAAUGGUUAUCCUUCUCAAUAUGCUUCGCCUCUUGCUAUUGGCGCCGGUGAAAUUGAUCCAAAUAGAGCCAUGAAUCCAGGUUUGAUAUAUGAUGCUACACCACAAGACUAUGUUAAUUUUCUUUGUGGUUUGAACUUCACAAAGAACCAAAUUUUAACAAUUACAAGAUCAAAUUCUUAUGAUUGUGAAAACCCUUCUUUGGAUCUUAAUUACCCUUCAUUUAUAGCAUUAUAUAGCAACAAAACAAGAUCAAUGGUUCACAAGUUUAAGAGGACUGUUACUAAUGUUGGUGAUGGUGCUGCUACAUAUAGAGCUAAAUUGACAUAUCCAAAGGGUUCUGUGGUGAAAGUGUCACCUGAUAUAUUAAAUUUCAGUUAUAUAAAUGAGAAACGAAGUUACUACAUUAAUAUAAAGUAUGUUAUGUACAAGAAUGAAAAUGUUUCAUUUGGAGAUCUUGUUUGGAUUGAAGAUGGUGGAACACACACGGUUAGAAGUCCUAUUGUAAUAGCACCUAGUGGAAUUAUAUAAGUUCUUAAGUUUUUCAUUUUUCUGCACCUUUGUGGUACCCUAAUAAAAUUAUUGUAUGAACCAUCAUUUUCACUUUCCUAGAUAAGUUACAUAGGUUUGGACAUGUAUGUGAAAGUGUAUUCACAGGGGGUUUCUACCAAGUGUUUCAAUUAUAUGAAGGCGAUGAACAUUAUGGUA